UCUGACGUUGAGGUUGAGGCAGGGCAAACCGAGGCAGACGAGUCCUCAGAAUGUAAACAUGGUGACAGGUAUCGUUAGAUGAGAGAAACGCCAAAAUGGUCUUCGAAAGCUUGGUGGUAGAUGUCCUCAACCGAUUUUUAGGGGACUACGUUGUCAACCUUGACAGCUCACAGCUGAAGCUUGGAAUAUGGGGAGGUGAUGCUGUUCUUACAAAUCUUGAAAUAAAGGAAAAUGCCUUGAGUCAACUUGACAUUCCUUUUAAAGUGAGAGCCGGCCAUAUAGGACGGCUGGAGCUAAAGAUACCAUGGAAAAACCUCUACACCCAGUCAGUAGAAGCAACACUGGAUGGCGUCUAUCUGCUCAUAGUUCCCACAGCAAGUAUAAAGUAUGAUGCAGAAAAGGAGGAGAAGCAGCUACAGGAGGCUCGUCAGAGGGAGCUACAGCGGAUAGAGGAGACAAAGAUAAAGGCUGCUGAGCAAGAGAACCCUGAUCUGGAAAAACAGGACACUUUUGUGGAGAAGCUUGUCACUCAGGUCAUCAAAAACCUGCAGGUCAAGAUCUCUAACAUCCAUGUACGCUAUGAAGAUAAUGUCACUAAUCCAAACUGUCCUUUGUCAUUUGGAGUGUCACUUAAAAACCUCAGUCUUCAGACAUCUGAUAAGAACUGGAAUCCCAGACUUUUGGAUGAAAAUUCCAGGCUUUUCUUCAAGUUGGUUAAACUAGACAGCUUGUUUGCCUACUGGAAUGUCAACUCUUUGCUCUUCUCCAAUCACAGUGCAGAUGAGGCCUUGGUGAGUCUCCCUUUUAUUUUACUGUGUUGUCCCUUGUCUCCACCAGCUUAGAUAUAGUCAAGCCAUUGUCUGUCUUCUUCUGCUUUAUUGAGGCUGAACACACAACCUCAUUGUGGGCUCACAGAACACAACUUUAUCAGGGUUUCUCCCUCAACAGAACAGUUUCAAAGUAACAUAGUCCCAAUAUGAAAGGCCUUUUUCUGAAAUCCUUUUAAAGCCUUUGUUAUUAAAUGAUCGCCGUUGAAUAUUGGAACAAGGCUUCUGCACAUUUUUCUGAGAUCAAUGCCGAUUUUAUUAACCAUUUAUUUCAUCCACAAGGGCUCUUUCUAGUAUAAGCCCAAUGUGUAGAAUGUUUAUAAAUGUGGGGUUGUGAUGGUUUACUACUG